CACGCCCCCUCAUUACUCGGUACAAGCCUCGAAGCCUGGCUUCAGAUAGCCCAUCACUAGACUGUACGCACUGGGCUUCUGAAGGGGGUUGCUCAUUGCGGUAAAAAUAGUAAAGAAAACAGCACCGGAGAGUGAGUUUGCCGCUAAGCUAACAUCACUGCGUUCACAGAAAUAUCGGAGCCGUUUUGUUUCAAGUGACUCUCCAGCCCAGAGAUGAAUUUCGAGCAGCCGCCUCCGUACCCAGGCAGUGGCCCUUCUGCUCCAGGCUACCCAGGCCAGGGCCCACCUCCUCAGGGCUACCCGCCCCACGGUUAUCCUCCACAGGGAUACCCAGUAAACAUGGACCAGCCCAACCCAGCCUACCCCAACUACCCCGCUGGACCAAUGGGUCCUGAAGGUCCCUAUCCUGGCCCAGGACAGCCCCCAUUCCAGGGAUAUCCAGGCCAGCCACAGUAUGCCUGGCAGGGUGGACCCCCUCCUGGACCCAUGUAUGGGGAAGCCCCAAAAAACACAGUGUAUGUGGUGGAGGACAGAAGAAGGGACGACACAGGGGACACCUGCCUGACGGCCUGCUGGACGGCGCUGUGCUGCUGCUGUCUCUGGGACAUGUUGACAUAAUGUCCUCCUUCAUUUGCUCAGCCUUAUUAAUCUCCCUUAAGCCGAAAACCUCAUCAACCUUUCCCCUUUCUUCUUCUUCUGCCUUAAAACCUGGCUCCGUCUCACCUCUACCCUCUCACCUCAUCGUCUCUCCUAUUUCUCAAUAAACAAAAGCUCCAGUCUCAUA